UAUAGCGGGCGUAUCAAUGGAUCACGUCCACAUCCCGAACGUGUCAACCGUGUCCAUUCAAGCGGCUGGCUUAAACUGUCUGGACUUGCCCCACCCGAUGGCAAUCAUAAAAAGCUGAGAUAAUCAGAACUCGUCCUCAGUUUCAACCCGCCUCGUGCCAGAAUCGCCUCGUUAAAACAAUCUCUCUUCAUCGAUAUUGCCUUCAAGUCUUGGAAUUUUCUCCCGGUGUACGAUCAUGGAGUCUCGCGUAGCGGUCGUGUCCUUCUGGAUUAUACUCUUGGUUUCUGAAACUCUGCUGUGUUUCGGAGCGCCGUUCCAACCUGACCCGUUUCAAGGCAUGGACGAAGACGGAGCAGAAGGUGACCAUCUCUUCCAGAUCGAAAUGCUGGGGAAACUAGGCAUCAGUGACCCUUACACUCCUCCUAGCAUCAAGAAGGAAGACUUGGUCAUUCCGGAUCAUAUUCAAGCCAAGUACAACUCGCUCCUCAGACAUCAACGCGUUAGGAGGGAGACUAUCACCCAGAGUAUCCGAGAGAAUCCAGGUAUCCGUGGCAGCGUUAUGCUUGCUACCCAAACCCGCCACGCCUACACCUUUGACCUGACCUCAAUCCCUGCCGGAAGUGAGGUCAUGAUGGCUGAACUCCGCAUCUACAAGGAGCUACCUAACCAGUCUAUCCAUAAAGCCAACACCACCCAUCAUCAUCAGGUCCGAGGGGCUCUGGUCUCCAUCCAUCAGGUCACGCCUAACGUCCCUCAAGAAGAAGGAAGUAUCAGUGACAGCGUAGAGCAGAGUGCAACCCGAAGCCCCAACUCCACGGUCAAAGUUGAUGAAAGAUUAAUUGACGUGGAAACGUUUGGCUGGAAGAACUUUGACGUGACGGACACGGUGAUACAGUGGGUAGCAGACCCCUCAACAAACAUGGGUGUAGAGCUUCAUGUGACCCCGGAGCGAUCUGGUAGCUACGCCAGGAGGGUGGCCGGUCGGGUACGCUUCAGCCCCGAAGAAGAACCAGAAGAUGCAGAGAAAGGCGUACCAGUGCUCAUCGUCUAUACCGUCAAAUAUGCCCCAGUUGAUGACCCUGUAGACUGCGCUGCAGACGGCUCCGAUUCAGACCGUUGCUGCCGAAUCCCCAAAUACGUGGACUUCCGAAGAACCUCCUGGGCCAACCGAUGGAUCAUCGAACCGGCCGGCUUUGAAAGUUACGACUGCACCGGACCCUGCCAUCGUACCCAGCACAGACACCGGACUCUGCGGGAGGUUUUUGGACUAAGACCCGGUACCUACCAAACCUGCGGCGUGGCCAGGUUUUCCUCUUUACCGAUGAUGUAUCUGAUCGAGAGGGACGGAGUCAGCGAACUGGAAGUACAGGAAAUACCAAAUAUGAUUGUUGAAGGCUGUGAAUGUACGGCGUAACUGCUGGACAGACGAUAGUUUUUGUGUCCCAAUAAUCAUAUCUGUAUUUAUUUGAAUUUCAUUCAAAAUGAAAUUCUGCUCGUGAUUGGCCAGAACUUAAAAUUGAACAGAUUUAUAUUUUACUGUAAUAGUUUCGUAGAGACUAAAAAGAAGAUAAUCGAAGUAUUCAAACUUGCGGCUAUUCGGGCUAUGAGAAACAUCCUGUGUAUACAUGUGUUAAUUGUCUUCUUGGCUUCAAACGAGGCUUAAGAUUACAACAGUCUGAUGACUAAUGUUGUGCUGACCACACUCAUAUUGUCACAUAAGUUGACGUCAGGGGACAAAAUGGCUAUCAUAAACAAUAAAAAGACUUUUUAUACCUAUCGCAUUCGAAAAAUUCAAAGGGAAAACCCUUUAAUGUGAAGUUAAAUGUUAUCUCUGUGCUUGAUCAUUCCCUCAACCAAAAUAUUCAUUGCUCAGAAAAAUUGGGAGUAUUAGGCCUAUUCACAUUCAAGCUGCCUUUCUGUAAAUAUUCGAACUGAAGAAAUCCUUAUAUUGUUAGCUCUGAGCUACACAAUUGUAUAAAGUUAAAUAAAAAAGGUAUUAAGUAUGUACAUGUUAUAAAUUAAUGAUAGAAUUACAAUAAAUUAUCAUGCAAAUCGAAAUCUA